CGUAUGCUAUUUCCCGCAUUUUUCAAAGGGUUUAAUCAGUGGCGUUCACAGAUCGUACGUCAAUGAGCUGUCCAUUUGGCCUUGAAGUAUUGUCGGUCUUCUGACAUCAUUCAGACAUUCCUCUGCGUCACACAAAAACAUUGAUAUAAGGUAAAAAGAAAUAUGCCUCGAGCAGCGGAUGGGAAUGAUGAUGAGAAUACAUUCAAGAUAUUGGUGGCCACAGACUGUCAUGUUGGAUAUGGUGAGAAAGACCCAGAGCGAGCAAAGGAUUCUUUGAAAACUUUUGAGGAAAUACUAGAGACUGCGGUGAAACAUGAAGUGGACUUUGUUUUAUUAGGGGGUGACUUAUACCAUGACAACAAGCCGUCACGUAAAGCGGUUAAUGGGACGAUAGCGUUGCUAAGGAAGUACUGUCUAGGAGAUAACCCUGUCCAGUUUGAAGUUCUCAGUGAUCAGUCUGUAGAUUUUUACCAUUGUGACUUUCCUAUGCUGAAUUAUGAGGACUCCAAUCUUAAUGUGUCGGUGCCGGUGUUCUCUAUACAUGGUAACCAUGAUGACCCAACAGGCCUGGGUAACCUCUGCUCUCUCGACCUCCUUCACUCGUGUGGGCUGGUCAAUUAUUUUGGGAAGCCAUCGUCAUUAGAAAAAAUAGAAAUCAGUCCUAUCUUGUUCCAGAAAGGCAGCACUAAGCUAGCAAUGUUUGGUCUGGGAUCUGUUCGAGACGAACGCCUCCAUCGUAUGUUCAUUCAUAAAAACAUUUCAAUGCUUCGCCCCAAGGAAAACAAAGAUGAUUGGUUUAACAUGUUUGUCAUUCAUCAAAAUCGCUCAAAGCAUUCUGCCACCAAUUACAUCCCAGAACAGUUCCUCGAUGACUUUCUUGAUCUCAUUAUCUGGGGUCAUGAGCAUGAAUGUCGUAUUGAUCCUGAGUGGAAUGGCGUUCAAAACUUCUACGUCUCCCAGCCUGGAAGUAGUAUCGCCACUUCACUCAGCGAGGGAGAGACUGUCAAGAAACACAUUGGCAUAUUGAAAAUUCAUGGCAAAGAUUUUAAAAUGGAGAAGAUUCCUCUGUUGACUGUGCGACAGUUCUACAUGGAGGAUGUGAUUCUGAGUGAGACCAAUCUGGACCCAGAUGACCAUGACAUCAGUAAAAAAGUGGAGACAUAUUGUCAGGAGAAAGUAGAAAUGUUGCUUGACAAAGCAGUACUUGAGCACACAGGGAAUGAGAAGCAGCCUGACAAACCUUUGAUCCGGAUAAGGGUGGAUUACAGCGGCGGCUUUGAACCCUUCAGCAUUCAUAGGUUUGGUCAAAAAUUUGUGGACAGAGUGGCUAACCCAAAGGAUAUUGUGCAUUUCAUGAAAAGGAAAACUCAGACCGAUAAGAAGGAUGUUAAAUUAGAUGCUGAUGCCCUUGACAGUUUCAAGACAAAUGAAGUGGACAGUAUCAGAGUUGAGGAUAUGGUCAGAGAUUACUUCUCUGCGGCAGAUAAGACUCUACAGUUACAAGUGUUGUCCGAAAAGGGAAUGGGUGACGCAGUGUCUGAAUUUGUGGACAAAGAAGAGAAGGAUGCCAUAGGAGAGCUGGUGAAAUAUCAGCUACAGAAAAUGCAGGGUGUGCUGAAGGAUAGGAACGCCGAGGAGGAGAUGAUUGAUGCAGAGGUCAGCCGAUACAAGGAUGAGAGGAAGAAAAAAGCAGGUGAAGAAGACGAGGAAGUGAAGGAGGUGUUAAAACGCGUCCACGAGAAAAGCUCGGCAGAUAGUAUGGACGUGACUACCAUUGAUGACAUGGACUCAGAUGAAAAUGGUCCGUCCCCUGGCACAAGUCGUGGGCGGGGUCGGGGGAGAGGCAGGGCGCAUGGAGGCAAGGGGAAGAAAACCUCAGAAGAUUUGGACCUUGACACAUCCACCAAACCCACCCGUGGUAGAGGGAGGGGGAGAGGGAGCCGAGGGGGCAGGGGCAAGAGCCCUGUAGUGGCAGAACCUAGGGGCCAUUCCAUAGCUGACGUGUUUUCCGCAGCCUCCCAGAGCUCCACUUCACGACAGUCAUACAGCAGGGCAAAUGAUCUCUCAGAUGAUGAUGACCCUUUUGAAGACAUCCCAUCAUCUAGUCGAAAGAAACCCACCCAGUCAGAUGGGCGCCGAUCGACCACAAGUCAGAAGAAAAGGGGCGUGGCCUUUGACUCAUCAGAUUCAGACAGUGAGAUAAUAGUUAUGCCCAGUAAGAGAAGAAGAUAG